GCUAUGUUGUUUUUGCUUACUUUACCAGGAAGAAUAAACACUUACUGGUAUUUCCGUAGUCAACAGGAAGUACGGGUUAAGUAUAAAUCAUGUAACAUAAGGACGAAGGUGAUAAUAACCUUAAGUUGAGAUAAGGAUUCACAUACUUCACAUGUCAAUUCCAUAUUGACUAUAUAACGCAGUAUUUUCUAAAGGUAAGGAUCCAUUAGAUACAACGUCUUAGAAUACGGAAACAUCCAGGAUGGCCGAGAUAUUUUCUGAUGAGUUUUUCGGCUUUCUAGUACCAGACUAUCCUUCAAUACCUGCAGCUGACGGUAACAGCGUCAUCAACAGUUUGGCCAGGGUGUCCGUGGGUGACCCCGACUAUACACCAACGGGGAGUGCGAGUAGGUUUCGGCCUACAAGUGAGCCGGUAGAACAUGACAUGACGGAGGUACAUAACAGUGACGUCACUGAUGGUUUUACGGAUCAUGAGAGUAGUCCUCCCCGCAACUUGGAAGAAAAUGAUCCCGAAAAAUAUAACAUCGACAUUGGAUUUUCAGUCAAUAGGAACGAUGAUUGUGAAUGCAAAUCUACGGAUACCAUGAAUGACGAUAUUCUGAAAUCCAGUAUCGAGUUUCAGCUCACAAGAUCACACAAAGAAAAUGGCGGGUUUUCUCUGACGUCAUCACGGUCAUCCGGUCAUAUCAUCGACAUAAACGACACUGAUAACAGUCACGUGCGGCAUAUGAGACUACAGACUGGUGACACGAUUAUUGGCAUUAAAAACGUAGACGUCCGACCGUACGAACAUCACGUUUUGGUGUCCAUUUUGCAACACAUCUACGGGGAAGACAGUGGCGUUUUCAAAAUGGUGAUUGGUCGAAAUUUUAAGACUGACGACACCGGGAAGACGGAAGUUCGAUACAUAGAGAUCAAUGUAAUGUUUGAGUUUCCCACACGGGGCGAAACCAUUCUGCGCAUGUCCGUGGAUAUCGUAACAUGCACAUCUCUGUCCUUCACGAAAAUAGUUUGUGUGGAAUUCCAGGAUUUUAAAACGUGUUGGAUCCGGAACAAUGGCCGGUACUUGAGUGUUCAGAACGAUCAGCUCACAACAAAUGAACUCUUCACCAGUAGAACAGAUACCAAAUUCCAGUUUCAAUGGCUUACGUUCCACGGAUUGGAGGCUCGAACCCGCAAUAAUCGCGUGUUUCCGGCCAUUCUCUUCUGUGCCUUCCAACCAUCUGUCAACAACGCAUUCAUCACCGUCCUGAGUGGAAACCGAGUCGGUUUAGGAGGAAGCACCUCUCUCCGCCGCAGUAUGACAGCUGUAAGGAAACCAGACUGUCGUUUCUUCAAGGUCAGAUUAAUAUCUGAAGAAAGCUAUCUCUUAGAGUCUCUGGUGUACGAAAAUGUGUAUCUAUGCUCUGGCAAAAGAGGUCUAUCCAUGAGAAGAUAUACUUCGGACGUGAACGAUGUCUUUAGUAUCCCACGGGAGUUGAAGUUUGAGAUCUUGACGUCAGUUAGACAUGCCCUGACGUAAGGACUUCCAACCCAGGGCAGACAAACAAAUACAGGAAUAAUUUUCAUUGGAGGAUAUGAACAUUGCCAACAGGUCAAAUCACAUGACCUGUAAGUCAGAAUUGUUCUGAUCCCGUGACUGGUGCCAUGGCAUGUUUAGUUUACAGACUAAAUAGAAAGAAACAGCACAGUUAUACCUGGGGCAGUACAUCGUUGAUGAUAGAGUGAAAAAUCUUAAAGGACCAAUCCCUUUUCUUAAAUUCAAUUACAGGGACACGGAUUCCCAAGGGUUUGAUUCUAUACACUCAGAAUUACUUUUUUUACAAUUUUAUAUCUAUUUAUUCUUCUCAUGGACAUUUUCAAAUGCCUUACUCAGACGAAUUUUGGUCACCAGAUCACAGUUUUGAAUACUGGACUACCGUGGAUUUGUUGUGGGUCAUUACGAUUUACAAUCACAAACUUCAUACUUUAAAGAGAUUUCAUAUACUGUAUGUAAUUUUGAGUUGUAUAAUUAUACACAUAUUGUUUCCAAAUAUUUUAUGAUGAUAACAGUUCCACUAUUGUUGUUUUGACCAUACAUGUGCGUCAUGUUAACAUAACCCUAUUUUGAUCCAAUAUAUCAAUUUAUUUAUUUAUUUAUUUCCAAUUCUACAGACCCGGGGGUCCACUUACAGAAUGGAUAACAUCAUAAGUAUAAAAUAUCCCAGUCAGUUAUGCAUGUAACACAGAUUUAUAUAUACAAAAUAUUGAACUAUUGGUAAUAGUAUGCUUUGAUCGUAUUCUGAACAUAGCAAGAGACAAAUUAAACAUAUAUCACAGUCCAGAACAAGAUCGAAAGGAGUUCAAAUUACAUUGAAUCCUGAUUAAAGUUCUAUACUUUUGUUUUUACAUUUAUGCGACUUCCCUGACAGUAAAACUGAACGGAACGAGAUGAUCGUAGAUUACGACCAGGUAAAAAGGGUAAAAGACAAAUUGGCUCAACUAAAUAAGGACAGUCAAAUACACUAUUUACACAUUCGAAAAGAAAAACACAGUCUAAGAAUGUCGUGUUUUUUCGUCGCUGAUAAGCGUAUUUAUAAAAUUUGAAAAUGAACGUCAACCAGUUUUUCGAAAGCUUAUUAAAUUGGAAGUAAAGACAUUGGUCUGUAAUUAGAAACUACAUUACGUUUUCCAGAUUUAAAAAUGGGGAUGACAUUAGCUCUUUUAAAAAAAACAUUUUGAAAGAUACCGUCAUUCCAAGAACAAUUGAAAUAUUGCACAGUGGAACACAUAACUCAUCAGUGUACCCCUUAAAAACUACACACACAAAAUGUUGUUGUAACCACAAGCUUUGAAACCUACGGCCAUUUAAGGACGGUCUCCCCUGUAUAUAGAUUAACGUCCUUUCGACACCCACGGCCAUUUACAGACGGUCUCAUCCGUUUAUUGUUUAACGUCCUAUCAUCACCCUACGGCAAUUUAAGGACGGUCUACCAUGUGUAUUGUUUAACGUCCUAUCAACACCUACGGUCAUUUAAGGACGGUCUACCAUGUGUAUUGUUUAACGUCCUAUCAACACCUACGGUCAUUUAAGGACGGUCUACCAUGUGUAUUGUUUAACGUCCUAUCAACACCUACGGUCAUUUAAGGACGGUCUACCAUGUGUAUUGUUUAACGUCCUAUCAACACCUACGGUCAUUUAAGGACGGUCUACCAUGUGUAUUGUUUAACGUCCUAUCAACACCUACAGUCAUAUAAGGACGGUCUACCAUGUGUAUUGUUUAACGUCCUAUCAACACCUACGGUCAUAUAAGGACGGUCUACCAUGUGUAUUGUUUAACGUCCUAUCAACACCUACGGUCAUUUAAGGACGGUCUACCAUGUGUGUGUUAUGAAUACGUGUUGGAGGAAGUGUGUUUAGGCAGGUUGUGGUAUUUGUCUCCUUGUGAUAGCGCAGAACUGAUGUCGCGAAGGUGUGUUAUUUAUUUAUAUUAACCGUGCCAGUAGUGAGGACCUCACUUAAAUGACAUCCAGUGUGCAGCACUACGCCAUCCGACCUCCCUACCGAAGUGGAAGCCGGCUUAGUGUGUAUCUAAUCAUAUUCUGAUUUAAAAUCUAAUUAAGUUACUAUUUUUUUCAUUAAUCAUCCAAUUGUUUUCACAUUUCAAACUUCACUUGACCAAAUAUGACAACUAUUUAAGAAGGCGUGGUGCCUAACCAGUGGAGUUCACAGGUUCAGCAGUUUUUUGUGAAGUUAUGUACAUCGACAACGAAGGUAAAAACAUCAACUCGGUUAAACUAGCAAGCACACGAAUUAGUCAACAUACGAUGGGAAGUAACUCCUAAAUGUAUAUGAUUUUCUAGAAUGUAUCAACAAGUAUAUGAAUUUCUAGAAUGUAUUAACAUGUAUAUGCUUUUCCAGAAUGUAUUAACAUGUAUAUGAUUUUCCAGAAUGUAUUAACAUGUAUACGAUUUUCCAGAAUGUAUUAACAUGUAUAUGUAUCUAUUUUUGUACUAAUGAAUGUACUUAUUGACGUUUUGUUUGUUACCGUUAAUAAUUAAAAGUUAAUUCCUUUGUUAAGUUGGUUUGUCUGCCUCAAUGUCAAUGUUCUGUUCCAGUACUGGCUAGGUCGAGGUUUGAUCAGUACUGAUUUAUAAUCAUACAAUCUUACCCAUUUUACUUUUAGCCUUGAAAGGGCGAGAGAGUUGCACAUUAUAACAUAAAAUUGAUAAACGAUAUAUGCCGAUUAAUGAGGAUGGACAUUGGUACAUUCAUGUAUAUAGUUUAAAAUUAUAAAAGUGUCUAGAGUGACUCAUAUAUUGUGGCACUGUGGUAUUGUAUAUGUUGAGUUUCGGAAAGAAGUUUUAGAGUCAUUAUGCUGUUAGAGAAACUUUCUCCUGUAGGCUGUAGAUCAGUACAGUCCAGUAAAUCUACGUGAAAUGGAUCCUUUUAUGCGAUACAGUGAGGCUGGUCAUCACGUUUGUAUGGCCCAUCUUAAGGCGAGUAAGGACAUCCUCGACGUUUGUCUCUGUAGGCUAACAUGAGACAUUUCACUUCCUGCUUUGAUCGGCUGCAUUCAUUUUGUCACUGUUAUAAAAAAAAUAGUUACAAAUUGUUUAAAAUCGCUAAAAUGAAGUUUGAAAUUAGUUCCUACAGAGGUGUUGUUUGUCUACAAGACUGAUAUGAUAAGUCAGAAUAGAUAAUUACUCUCGGUACAUCGUUAGUUUUAAUGUGUCUAGCGAGGGUGAGGCAGGUAGCGUGGGCUUCUGUCGUUAUUUGAGGCAUCAUUCGAAAGUUUUCACCUGAGAGCUGCGUCAUUCGUAAAUAUGGCUGUGGUCGCCUGAUACUCGAACUUAUAACCAUUAGUCUAUUUAAGCAUUGAACUGUUUUGUAUGGUAUUUAUGAUCUUUUUGAAUGCCAGAGCUUUGCAAGCAAACAACAUAAUGUGCGUUAAACAGUUCAACGCUUACAUUUAUAUUCCUUUUACUUUUUUUUUUUUAUCUUUUAGAUGCUAUAAUUCAUAUUUAAAAUUCAUAAUUCCUGCCUUACCGACAGUCAGCAGACUUUUUGUCAGUCGUUAGAACAGCCGGAACAUGGUCGCGUGUUUUUUGGCAAACAAAAUAGUACAUAGAAAAUAAAAAAAAAAUAAAAACAACUCAAUUUUGUUAAUCAUUUUAUUAUCUACGUAAUGCGCAAAUGGCAUAUUUUUUUUUAUAACAAAUAAUGUUGACAAAAUAAUAAGUCUUUAAACUUAAUUAUCCUGGAUAUUGUAGUUCCGGUUUGUGUUGUAUUAAUACGCUGAUAAGUGUAGCGUGUGAUGGAUGACAUUUAAACGUACAGCAAUGUCAGAGCUCUCUAACAGACUAUAUAGUGACAAUGCCAGACAAAUGUAAAUAUAAUAAUUCAAAUCACUGUAUUUUGACUGAACAUGUAUAUGUAAGAACACCUUAGCACAUAAUUCAAAUAAUUUCGUAAAAUGGAAUUCGAUAAUAUAGAAACGUAUAUCAUUAUAUAGCGAAAUGCAUUGUAUUAAAUUGCAUUGUAUUGCAUUGUAUUGUAUUGUAAUUAUUGUCUUGUAUUUUGAUUAUUGUCUUGCAUUGUAAUUAUUGUACUGUGUAAUUAUUGUAUCGUAAUUAUUGUAUUGUAUAAUUUGAGUCAUUGAGGGCCAAACAGAUUUGAAGGAUGUUCACAGAAAGAAAAAAAACAUUAAAAUAAAAGUAAAGUUUCGAAAGAUAAAAUCUGAUAUAAUAGUGUAAAUAUUUGUUAUGAAAUGAAGUGUACAAGUACUUAUCUUUAGGUGUCAUUUUUAUAGGAAAAUAAUGUUAUGCUUUAAACAGGAAUAGAUGAUUAUCAAUUUCUAAAAAUAGUCAUGUAAUAUACUAAACAGUUUUACCAACAUUUUGCUGUAGAUGCUAACAGUUUCUUCUUUAGAGUUACAUAUUAGUAAGAUAUAGCGUGGAAUAAUUCGAAGUCACCAAAAUAAUCUUUUUUGUUUGUUUGUUACUAACGCUCUUAUUCCACUGACAUAAUGCUUGAACAAAGUUGAAUUAAUACAACGACCACAUGAUCUAUUUGGAUGGAGUGAAAGUGUAACUGUGAAUGUAUUAAAUGUGAAUUUGUUGUCUUUACUCGUGUAUUUCUAUAUGUGAUGUUUUGCAAAGAAAAUUUGAAAAUGAAUGAAAAACAAAUUAAAAAACCCUGAACAAUA